AUGGACGAAACACACGAUGUUACCGCCAAUCGAGGGCCCCGUAUUCUCGGAUCUUGCGUAGCAUGCGUCGGCCUCGCGCUCAUUAUCAUGGCGACUCGGAUGUGGGUCAAGAUUCGUAUCGUUAAGCAUGUUGGUCCGGACGAUUACGUCUGCUUGAGCUCAGCGGUCGUAAUGCUCGUCCAGAUGAUCUUGAUCAUCGUUCAAGUGGACCUGGGAGCCGGUCGACAUAGAGAUGCCAUUUCUCCCGAGGAAAAUGUCAAAGGCCUGCACAUCAACUUUGUAACGCAGCCGUUGUGUCUGAUCRGGCUGAUGUUGGUCAAAGUCAGCAUUGGACUUCUCUUGCUUCGCUUGACGACGUCGAAAAAGUUCCUACGUUUCAUCUGGGCGGCAAUCGUCUUCACGCUGCUGUCCUUCACCGCCAAUUUCCUGGUCGUGAUGUUACAGUGUCGACCGCUGGCAUACACGUGGGGCGGGACCACGGAUGGCAAGUGCAUGCCUUCUUCAGAUCUCAAGUUUGCCGCCUUCUUCAACUCCAGCGUAUCCGUACUCACAGAUGUAAUCUUCGCGAUUUUGCCGGCUAUCUUGCUUUGGAAAGUGCAACUCAAUCGCAGAACGAAGCUUGCCACGAUUCCGGUGCUAUCCCUAGGAUUUCUAGCGUGCGCUGCCGGCAUCACCAAAAUGUUCUAUCUCGAGAGUUACGGCAAGUACGGGGACUUUCUCUGGGACAGCACGUACAUAACAAUCUGGACCACGGUCGAAAUCUGCGUCGCGAUAAUCGCCGCCUCGGCAUACUCUCUCAAACCCCUCUUCCAAGCCAUAUUGAAAGACAGAACCAAGAACGGCAACUCCAAUGGCUACUCCAAACGCGUCUCCAAACACGGUCCAUCCUCCAGCUCGAUUCAGCGCCUCCGCAUGAAGCAAGACUACAACGAUCUGGAACUCGGCUCUCAGCCCUCCCAGAAUCCCUACAAUGGAACAUCGUCCUCUCACAACAGUAGUACCUAUCAUCACGAGGACACGCUGAUCACAAAGACGACGGAUCUGGCGGUUACAGUGAGCGAUAGGAGGCCUAGCUAUGAUGAUAGGUUGGAAAAGAAAGAGAGCUAUGAGUAUGAUUCAAAACAUCAUUGA